AGCUGUUACUUACAAGUCAGGGGGGAGCAGUACUACAUGCUGGAUCUGUGCCGUUCUCAUCAGAUAUAGCUAACAGUCAUGAGUAUGGAGGAUAUUGUCUGUACUGGCUGGCUCAUCAAAUCCCCUCCAGAAAAGAAACUAAAGCGAUUUGCCUGGAGAAAAAGAUGGUUUGUGCUUCGCAGUGGGAGAAUGAGUGGUAACCCAGAUGUACUGGAAUAUUACCGCAACAACACCAGCAAGAAACCCAUACGCGUUAUUAACCUCAGUGAGUGUGAAGUCCGGAAACACUCAGGGCUUAAUUUUGUCAAGAAAGAAUUCCAAAACAACUGUGUUUUCAUAGUGAAGACAACCUACCGCACAUUUUACCUAGUGGCAAAAACAGAAAAAGAAAUGCAGACAUGGGUAGACACCAUCAGCCAGAUUUGUAACUUUGGUCCUUUGGAUGAUGGAACAGAAUCUGUUGAAAGCCUCUCACGCACCAACUCAUGUCUUCAGUCAUCCCCAUCAGUGCUGACACAAACACAGAGAAGUGAUGACGCCUCUCUUCCACUGGCCACAUCUGCAGGAGAUACAACCAUCACAGAAGAAAGUACAAGUGAAUCAGAAUCCAUCAAUCUUCCUGAUUACCUUUUUUUGUCACAAUGUGAAACAGGAAGGAUGAGUCACUGCAGAUGUGACAGUGGAUCCAAUUCUGACAGAUCUCUGGAACAAAUUUCAUCAGAUGAAGUGUUUCUUGAUUCAUUUCAAGUUCAAACAUCCUGCAGUUCAUUGCAAUCUUCUUGCAGUGGAAGCAGCCAACAAGAAACAUUCUCCAUCACAAGCAGUUGUGCUAUUCCUACUCGCCAAGAAAUCAGUGGGUCGUCACUUGAUUUUUCAUCAUCUUCACCUGUCUCCUUGCCUCUUCAGUCACAAGUAUUUCAGUUUGAUAAGGGCUACAGUUUACCUCACUUUGUGACAGCUACCCUAAAUAGCUUGCCAGACAUGCCACCUCCUAGACCACCAAAGCCAUGCCAUUUAGCAGACAAAAAGCCUGAAGAAGUUUCUCAUUUUGCAAUUCAGAAUGGAGCCUCAAGAAGCCAAGCAGUUCAGCCAGUUCUACUCCCAAGACGAAUCUCUUUGGCCAGUAUGGAUUCUGAUAGGAGAUGGAAAGUUGAUUUGGAAGGAAACUCUUUGAGAUCAAGAGAUAAGAGACUCAGUUUAAAUCUGCCAAGAGCACUUACAUCCCCAUAUUCUACCCCUUCGGAUUCUUCUGAGGAUUCUUAUGUUCCCAUGAAUCCUACCAUUUCACCACCCUCUUCAUCAUCUGACUGCACUUCAGAUGGCUAUAUACCAAUGAGUCCUGUUAAACCAACUCUAACUGCUCCGUCAGUCAGCACAGAAAAACAGAGCAGUCCACUGCCUGCACUUCCAGGGGAUCUUGAACCCCCUCCAGUGAAUCGUAACCUCAAGCCUCGCAGAAGAGUGAGACCACCACCACUUGACUUAAGAAGUCUUUCCACAAUACGAGAACACAGCAUACACCCUGUUCUCACCAGGACAUGGACAGUGCCUUAUAAUCGAACAAGCUUUUAUGCACCAGAAAUCUCAUGUCCAAACUCAGCACAGAACUUUACCAGCUCAUUUCCAGGAGUAGAUGAUGAAGAAAGUUACGUUUCUAUGGAACAGAACCACACAUCUGCAUGUAAUGGCACUUUUCCGUUGUCCAGGAAAUUUAAUCUGGAUUACCUCUCUUUAGAUUUCAACUCAGCAUCUCCGUCUCCAGUACAGAAGAAGCCUCUCCUUUCUGAGGAAGACCGUGUGGACUAUGUACAAGUAGAUGAGCAGAAAACACAAGCACUUCAAAACACUAAACAAGAGUGGACUGAUGUAAGGCAGUCCAAAGUAUGAAACAAACAAUACUUAAAACAUAAGCAUAUGGCAAUGCAUCUUGAUAGCAAAUGGCAAACAAAUGAAGAUUUGUUAAGAUGCAUUCAGGGUAAAACAAAGACAGCUUCACUGAAAUGCAACUGAAAAUCAGUGUAUUUGCCUUCCUUAUCAGGAUAUGUGCUUUUUAAAAAAAAAAAAAAAAAAUCUUUCUUUCUCACUUGGGAUUAUUUUCAGCAUUACCUUCUUAGAUGUCGGACACACUGGACCUGUUCAACAGCAAAUGAGACAAUCAUCUUGUUGAUGCUGUGUUGCCUAAAACUUGUUUCUUAUAGUAUCUACCUUUGUGAAAAAAAUAAGUCAGCGACAUCACACAGACUUGUAAAAUGGCAUUAAAAUGUUGCUGAUUACAAUAUGGAUGUCACAUUAUCGAAAAGGGGAAGGAUCUUCCUUUUGCUGUACAGACAAUCUUGGUGAUUCAGUAGCAAAAUAGUGGAUCCAGUCGAUGUUGGCUGUUAGGACUGUGUACAAAACAGUCAGCUGUCAAAUGAGAAAAGAACUGAAGGAAAUAGCUUAACAGAAGUAUAUUGAGAUGAACCUGUCAGCAAGUACAUUGACAUACCUCAGAAUAUCUUCACACCCAGGAACUUUAGAACUAGUACGUAAUAGUAAUACUGAUGAAGAAAUCAUGUGAUACAUGUAAUUGUCAAAUGAUCUGAGAGGAUGACAACUGUUUUUUGCAGUACUCACUGCCACAUACUAAAAGACACAAAGAAGCUUCAACCAUUUGCUUUGCUGCCACACUUUAUUUCAGUCCUGCUGUGAUUGUGAAAAAAGUCAUCAGUUGGGAGAAGUGAGAUUGCUAAUGAAUUACUGCAGUGAGAGGACAGUCCCAACUUUAUUUUCUUAAUUAUGUUUUUAAUGGUUUUCCUGAUAGCAAAAAAUCAUAGCUUCCUAUUGUUUGAUAUUUAAGACGUAAGAAUGUGAGUUUGUUUGAAAAGUAUGUACUUCUAAUGUAUAGGUAUUCACUUCACUGUAGAAGAUAAAAACUUUACACAGGUACCUGAAAAUGGAUGAUUUAUCAGAUGCCUGCACUGCUCUUCAUGUAUCUCAGGUUAACAUUGGGUUGGCAGUCAUAGCCCC